AUGCUUAUUUGUUAUUAUCCAAAAGCAAGUGUGAAUUUCCAAAUUUAAUUUUAUGCUGGUUCUGCAAUCUUGUUUAGAUUAAUCUAUUUGCUCCAUACAUGUAGUUAAUGGAAUGUGGCGGAUUAACUGUUUAAGGGACAUGUAAAUUCUGAAGUUUAUCAAUAACAUUUAUGUUCUCUUAUUAAGAAAUUAAAAUAACAUCAUGAAGAAUAACAAUUUGUAUUAAUUCUGGACUAUUCACCUAUUCAUAAGAGCAAAAGUGUUAGGAAGCUUUUGAUUGCAGUUAGGAAUUUUAGGCACCAAACUCACCUAAAUUUGAAUCCAAUUGAGAAAUUAUGGCAUCUACUCAGAUAACCCAUUUAUGAGGAUACAAACAUUGCUCACCAGAUAUUGAUAAAUUAAUUCGCUAGUAUUUUGUAAAAUUUUGAGGAUAUGAGAUAGAGAAACUAAUUCAAUGAUCCCUAGAAUUAGGCUGGUAUUUCUUAAGUAAGAGAUAUGAUUGUGUGA